ACAAGUAGCAUCUUCUACUUUUUUCCUCCGUUAUUUUAGAAAAUAAAAAUAAACAAAAACUUACCUAUCUUUCCCUCAAUUUCAUAAUAAUCUACUUAAAAUUUGUUCCGAAAUUACCGUUGAAGGAUUUAAGUGAGACAAAAUAAAAUAAAACACACCGUUUUGGAUUAUUAAGUGAAUUUAAGUGCACAUUAACAAGAAAAAUUAAACCAACACAAAAUGCAAGGAUACAGAAAUUACGCCAUGGAACACCACCAAGCAGUCGACCAAAAACCAAUUGUCGUCGAUUUAAUGCCGUCGCAAUAUACAAAACCGCAAACUCCACCACCGUCGCCAAAUGAAUGCUCAAGCCCUGAUCCACCAAUGUCAAAUGGCAAUCAAAUUCCUGCCGAUCCAUCAGUGCGUCGUUAUAGGACCGCUUUUACCAGAGAUCAAUUAGCCCGUUUGGAAAAGGAAUUCUACAAAGAAAACUAUGUUUCGCGUCCCCGUCGGUGCGAACUUGCCGCUCAAUUGAAUUUGCCCGAGUCAACAAUCAAAGUGUGGUUCCAGAACCGCCGCAUGAAGGACAAGCGUCAACGCAUCGCCGUUGCAUGGCCCUACGCUGCAGUCUACUCAGAUCCCGCUUUCGCUGCCAGUAUCCUCCAAGCCGCCGCCAAUAGCGUUGGAAUGCCCUAUGCCUACCAGCCAAACCCGAUGCUCGCUCCUGCAAUGCAACCACAAAUGGCCGCCGCCUCAGCGUACUCCGGCUACCGUUACACACCGUACCACAUCCCACCGCGUGCCGCACCAAUGCAAAUGCCACCCACCGCACAGCCUUUGGCCUACCCAACCAUGUUGGGAGCGAUUCCACAAGGCUACACCCAACUGACGAUUCCCAAGCCACAUACACCACCUCACGACAUGCAAUCAUCAUCAUCGCCCCACUCAACACUCUCACUCAGUCCCGCCGGCUCAGACCACACCAAAGUCUUCGACCGCAGCCUGAGUCCCAUCCGCCAGCAAUCUGUCAAUCACCACCAUCAGCACAACCAGCAACAACUUCCUGUCACACCAAACCGCCUGUCACAUCAUGACACAUCUGCCUACUCUCCAAACAGUGGUCUCCUAAUGGCUGCCCAUCAACAACCCGGCUCUCCACCACAAACCCACAUUAGCGAAUCGAACAAACCUAAACUCUUCAAGCCCUACAAAACCGAGGCAUAGAAUUUCAAAUCCCAGACAAAUCUCAAAGCCGCCAAAGAAGAUGCUCCGUUUUGAUGCGACGCAGAAGAAAAAGAAGAGAAAAACGUUUUAGUUUUGUUUCUAUUUCAAUUUUUUGAAGAACAACAAAAAUAAUUGUGAUUAAGGUGCUAAUAGCCGAUUUGGUCCCACCACAGGCCAAACGAAAUGAUUGUAAAUAACUUUUUGUAAUUUUCUCUACACUUAAUUUGUAGAUUGUUAUUAUUUAUUUAAGUUUUUAUUUGUAAUAAUUUAAUUUUAUACUUAAAUCUAGAAUUUUUAAGUUUUC